AUGCUGAUUAAGACCUUGGGCCUACUUCUUCUGUUAACGGGUCAGUCCUUGGGAGACUUGUCCCAUUUUGGUAUUCCCAACUUGGCCACUAUACACAUCAGAGGCGGUGGCUCUGGCUCCCGUCCUGGCUCUUCAAGCAGCAGUCACCAUAAGGACAAGGGCCAGUCGGAAUAUGAUGCAUAUCUGAAUGCUUAUUACAAGAAUUACUGGCAGCAGUUCUACCAAGCCCAGGCGGCUUACUAUGCCUACUGGGCCUAUAGACCUUUUGGGGGCUACCCACCUCAUGGACCCCAUGGACCGCCGCCGACCACCAAAGCUCCCGACACAGACACAACAUCCACUGCGAUUCCAACCUCUACGGGAACGCCCACCACCUCAACAGCUAUUCCCACAUCGACUGGAGAACAAACCACAUCAACAGCCGUGGCAACCCAGCCCACAACGACACCAUCUCCAACGACCUCCACUGCCGUGGCUCCCCAGAAUACGGACACCACCUCAACGGCAGUUGCUCCGGCAGUACGAGCUAACACAACGCCUCUUCCCUUCCGCUUGGUGGCCAGUAAUCUGAUCAGCCAGUCGCUUCCAAAUUAUGUUCUUGGAUCGAAUGUGGGAGCACCAGCACCAGUCUAUAUCCCAUAUGAUAACUACUAUCAAGCGGACCAGCCAGGGUCCUACGUUCAGUUCGUGGGAAAGAAAUAG